AUGGGUCUACUCGGUCCCACGCGUGUCCACGAGAGCAGAACUGACCACAGUCUCGACACGCCUAACACCUGCACGUCCGCCAUGCCUAGCUCCACCCCGCUGCCCAGCAAACCCAACACCAUCAGUUCCCUCACAUCCAGCAUAUCUGGCACAUCCACCAUGCCUAGCUUAACCCACACCCCGUCGCCCAGCAUGUCCACCAUCAACAAUUCCACUACCGCCACCAUCACCGUAGCUGACAAUGAUGCCACUGACCUUUCCUGUCCCCGUACGUACAUCGGCCUGGUCGGUCACUUGCGAAUCCAUUGCAAGGAGACUGGCGAACCAGUGCCUGAAACACCAACCUACACUCGCCGCAUCCCCCUCCUCUGCUCACAUUGCACUCGCACAUUCUAG